AUGGGCACUCAAGAACGAUCCUGCUCCACCAGUCUGGAGGAUGCGCAGCAGAACUCUUGCCCGGCCGUUCCCUCUCAAAACAACUCUAGGACCUACAACAAAUAUGGAACCGUAAUAAGACCCAGGAAAAAGAACAAAGAUACUCCUGCCCCUGUUCCUGACAACUCGGCCGACAGUGCUGAUAACAGCUUCGAGAAGACGGAUGUUCCGGUCAAGAAGGACACAGCGGCAAACAAGCGUCCUGUGGAGAGACCAGGUCCAGUUACUGCUCAGGAUGUGAGCAGCCAGGAACUUGACUUUCCCACUGACAAUAAGGGCGGCAGAGAGAGGCCACCGGCAGACCACAAAGCACCCCGAAGAGCCACCGCAGCAGGCGGGAGAGGAGCCACCAUUCAUGCAAGGCCACUUGUGGUGCCCUCGGCCUCAGAGGAGGCUGUAGACCUGGACAGUGCCGAGACUCUGGAUGCUCCCGACCUCCCAGACCUGUAUGCUGACAGUGGGGAGCUGCCCACUCUGUCUCGGGGAAGACAAGCAGCAAGAGCAGCCAGCCAGCGUGACAGCCUCAGCCCCAGAGAGCCGACAGGGGACACGGACAGCCCAGAGACCCUAGUGGAGGCCCCAGGCACACGGCUGGAAGACCCGGGCACUCAGAGUGGAGGAGAGUACUCAGUCGCUCAGAGAAGUAGAGCAGCAGUGCAUGUUGGUAUCAUACUGCAGAGUGGGGUGGAGACUUUGCUGAUGGACAGAGACAGUGCUGAGACCAGAGAGGUAUUUGACACACCAAAUACGAGCGCUGGGGCUGGUGGGGGAUUCACACAGGUACAGUUCAGGCCGAGAGGGAGAACUUUCCAGCUCUUAUCCACCACCACCACCACCACCUCAACAUCCCCCAUCACCACAGGCCAUAACAACAACAACAACAUCAACAAAAACGACAACAACAACACGUCUGUGAAGGAGGAGAAGCAGGCUCCUGCCAGUGUGUUGGUCACAGCUUUCCCUGAGAGCAACACCACGGCAGACGGCGAGGUGGAAGUGGAGGAUGACAGUGCAGAGGAGGAGAAGACGGCCAGCCCUCAGAGUCACAAGAGCGAUCCCAUUACCACCAUGAGAACAGGGUUGAUGUCAGGUACAACCACAAAUGACCCAGGCAGCCUGGAAAAUCUGAGGGACAACAGCACCGAGAAACUGGAAGAAAAGACUGGAGAUAGCUCAUGAAGAUGCUCAGUAGCUUAGAUUAGAUUGGAUGUGAAUGUUUUUUUUUUUAUCAUUGUCAUACAGUGUGUGCAGGAUGAUUAAGUUGUAUUUUUUAGGAUUCACUCUGUUGUCAGUAAAUGGAGCAAUCACUGAUGCAAAUGUUUAUGUAUAAUACUGGAUCAUCUUUGUUGCUCUCAGUGAAAUAUAAUCAA